CGGAGCGGGAGGAGCGGCGCGGCCGGCGAGGAGCGCGCCCGGAGCCCAGCCCAGCCCAGCCUAGUUCAGCUCGGCUCAGCCCAGCCCGCUCCGAGCGCCGCCGGGGCUCAGCCACCCCGCCCGGACCCAGGCACAGAAAACGGGUAAUAACCGAAGACAGCCUCACAGCAGGAAAGUGAGAUCAGAUUGGCAAUGCAGCAGUGAGUGGCAUGAUUGAAGACAAGACAAAAAGCAGGCUACAGCAAAAGGUGUGAGCUCCAUAUUUUCUUUCUGAAACUAGGUUACAGCUGAAGAGUUCAAGAUGAUCCCAAAUUACUCUGCUGAAGAAACUGUUAAAAGAAUCCACGUGGACUGUCCUGUUUCAGGAAGACACAGCUACAUCUACAUUAUGGUUCCGACUGUUUACAGCAUCAUCUUUAUCAUAGGCAUAUUCGGGAACAGCCUGGUCGUUAUCGUCAUUUACUGCUACAUGAAAUUAAAAACAGUAGCCAGCAUCUUUCUUCUCAACCUGGCGCUGGCCGACCUGUGUUUCCUGAUAACUCUGCCCCUCUGGGCGGCCUACACGGCCAUGGAGUACCAGUGGCCUUUUGGCAACUGCUUGUGCAAGCUGGCCUCGGCGGGGAUCAGUUUCAACCUGUACGCCAGCGUGUUCCUGCUGACGUGCCUGAGCAUCGACCGCUACCUGGCCAUCGUGCACCCGGUGCGCUCGCGGGUGCGCCGCACCAUCUUCGUGGCCCGCGCCACCUGCGUGGCCAUCUGGCUGCUGGCCGGCGUGGCCAGCCUGCCCGUCAUCAUCCACCGCAACAUCUUCUUUGCAGAGAACCUCAACAUGACGGUCUGCGGCUUUCGCUACGAGAGCAAUAACACCACGCUCCGGGUCGGGUUGGGCUUGUCCAAAAAUCUGCUGGGCUUUUUGAUUCCUUUCCUGAUCAUAUUAACAAGCUACACCUUAAUUUGGAAGACUCUGAAGAAGGCGUAUCAAAUUCAAAAAAAUAAGACUAGAAAUGAUGAUAUUUUUAAGAUGAUUGUGGCAAUUGUAUUUUUCUUUUUCUUUUCCUGGAUUCCUCAUCAAGUGUUCACUUUUUUGGAUGUGUUGAUUCAACUACAUGUAAUAACAGAUUGCAAAAUCACCGAUAUUGUGGAUACAGCUAUGCCCUUCACCAUCUGUAUCGCUUACUUUAACAACUGUCUGAAUCCCUUUUUUUAUGUUUUUUUUGGAAAGAACUUUAAAAAAUACUUCUUUCAGCUAAUAAAAUACAUCCCACCAAACGUCAGCACACAUCCAAGCUUAACAACCAAAAUGAGCUCCCUCUCCUAUCGGCCACCAGAAAAUAUCCGCUUGCACACCAAAAAGACUGCCGGGCCUUUCGAUACCGACUGAGGCGUUUCGCAGAGUUCUUCUUUCGAACAACCUUGCGUGUGUAGCAGCAAGAACAACAAGAUUCAUCUGCGGUCCUGAACAUCACGGUUCAUUACAGCAACACUGGAUCACCUCAGAGAAAUCAUACUGUAGAGAGUCAGCAGUGGCCUUUCAUCUUACAUUGUAAAGAGGACUGCUUCGUUCUCAUUUUCUUUACUGAAAGCAGCACAAGUGUUGGACAGGCGUGUCAGAGUUCCUGCCAGGAUCCCACUGUUUGCUUGGAGCUACGAAAGAAGGGGAGGGAAAACUCCUAACUUGAGUUCACAGGUGUUUCAAAAGGAAAAACUUGUACAAAUAACACAAAAUACAAAGAACCUGAUUUGCAUAUAUGUGAGCUAUUCUGUUGGAGGAGUGGCGUUUUGUUUCUUGUUUUGUUGGUUUGUUUUGUUUUUUUUUAAUUAUAUAAAUGUCCUAUAAUCAUAUUUAUAAUAUAUUUUCAAAUAUAUGCUAUAUAUAGAGGCCCAAUUUUAAACUCAAAUUGAAAUUUAAGGUCCUUGAAAUUGGUCUUAUUCUGAUUUAUGCUACUAUUUUUUAUGGCAAUUUUUUUCAUAAUAUAUGCAAUAAAAUGCAGAUUUAUUUAUUAAAUAUAGAAUAUAUAUAUUUCUAGAUUUAUAUUCCUACUCAUACAUUUCAAACAUUCCUUCAGAAAUGUACAUUUAUAUCCCAGUGGGUAUUUUUAUAGUAGUUUAAAAACCCACCUCUAUAUGGGCACACAGAAAUGAGGUUCACUCAGCCUUUCGUCAUGAUAAGCCACCCUGACUUUGAAGAACUUUACAUGUAGAGGGAGUUGACUCUGUACUCUUUAUGACUAAAAGUAAAAUUCUGUAUUUGAAAACAUGAGUCCUGGGAAAGAGAUGAUCAGAAAACUUUAAACUACUUUUGUGUUAUAACCAGGACACUCAGUGAGAGAAGUUACCAACUAAUCAAAUCCACUUAGUUUUUCAAAUUCCUGCACAUUUAGUAAACUCAUAUAUUGAUAAGCAAAAAUGUGGCAAUGUUUAUGUAUCUGUUUAACUAAUAAUACUUUUAGUCCCAUCACAGAACACCUAAGAUCAAACUUUACUCUUGGCUUUUCAGAAUUUCUCUCCAUUUAUAUAAAAUUAUAUCCAAGGUAUUUGCUCCCUUUACAACAUUUUUUUUAUUUAUAUGGAACAAAUUCAGAUUUAUACUAGCAUAAAUCAGAACUAAAGUCUGGUUCAAACUCUCAACACAAAUCAAGAAGAAAGGUGAUAAGCACUGUAGGAAGUUUCCACCAAUGAUAUCUUCAUAUAUGUCCUUUUUCCCUCAAAUAAUGAACUUCAGAUAAUAUUUAUGCUUGAUUCACACCCAUUUAUGAUCCUCAAAGAUAAAUGAGUUCAUAAGUACUUUUUGACAUUACAAACUUCAGAAAAAAUCCAAAACUUUACAUAUGUCAUGUAGAAAAUUACAUGCCCCUUGAGAAUUUGCAGUAUUUGUAAUAAUACAUCUAAUGUGGCUUAGUCUCAAGUAGUGAGUGGAUGGAUUAUCCAUAUUUUCUGAUGAUCAAAAGCAAAACACAACAAAACAGUUAUUACUGUAGUUUAAUACUUUUUAAGGAAAAAAUGGGACAACAACCAGAUCUAGAAAUCUUCCUACUCUUCCAUUUGCUUAUGCUAAUGAAAGUUUUUUUCAGUUUUGCCUUUGUUCUUCCAGCUGCAAAAAUGGGAAAAUGUGUCUACUCAUAUACAUUGCAAGGCACUGUGACAAGCCAUAACUUCUAAAGCUGUAUGUUAAAACAUAGCUCCUUCAUUAAAACAUCAAUUUAAUUGCAAGCUAGUAUCCCAACAUAUGAAGCCUUAACAUCAUUUAACUAUAUCAUUUAAAGACAUAUUUAAAUUGUUAUACAGAACACUUCCUAUUUAGCUUACAUCCUUAUGUGUGAGGCAGCCAUUUGCUUGAACAAGGCAAUAACCCCAUGCAUUAUCAACACCACCCAGAGCAGGACUAGUGCCCCAGAACUCUAAGGUGGCAAAGGACUGGCAGAGAUUGCUGUUUAUCUGUGUAUUUUGUUCAUGGACACACAUGCACAUGCUGAGCAGCAUCGGGAACUUCCCCUAGCAGAAGCAUCUCUGUCCAGCCAUAAUUCUGCGUGCUGUGCUUGCCACCUGCUGGAUGCAGCCACAAAUUUGCUUUACAUCUCAAAAGUUGUUACAGAAAGAAACAGCAACACUUCCCUGCCACCUGAAGGAUAUGAAGAUCCUCACCUGUGGCAAAAUUCCUGUAUGAAUAAAACACAAACUUGUCCAUCUGGGAGGCCAGUAAAUUCCUUGAGAGGGUCUAAGCAAGCAUUUCCUCAUCAUCUGCUCAUCCCUUUGGUCACUGAAAUCCAGCAUCCCCAGUGACCACAAUAGGGAGCUCAUUUGCAAAACAUUGAUGGCAUUACUACAAGAGCCAUUUCAAAGAGGACAUAAAAAUCAAAGCCAUUGGUUACUGAUCUUGGUCAUUUCAUGCCAGAGCCUGCAGUUUUAAGAGGCUGUGUUCCUAAGCUACUGGUGCCACCUGCAUCUGCCUGUGCCAUGUAAAAAGCAGGAGCAUGCACAGCUGUGUUACUGGAGGAAAGGUAGGAAGGGACUGCACCUGGUGUGCCCUGAGGGCAGCACUGACCCUGAACCAAAAGGCAAAGAAGGUGGAGGGGAAAGCUUUCCUAAAUAAUGCAGGGAAAUUUCUGUUCUCCUAAGGAGUAAGUAAACAAUGAUCAACCCCCAAAUAUGCUAGUUAAAAAAAAAAGAAAACAAAAA